AUGGAGAUGACGGUAAAUGAUAUCUCAUCAUUAUCAUUACCAUUUUACUUUAGUUCAAUCUCAGAGAUCGAUCACAAUCGCUUGAAUGCACUUUCAUUCCGUCUUAUUGGAUGCUACGGCAAUCCCCUAAUGAUCGCUGAGCUCUUGUUGAAUAAAAACGUAAUCAAUAAACAGCUUUUUGAUCUUCUAACAUCGGCAGAAAAAUCUAAGGAGAGUAGAAACAAAUCAAACCUCCGACCCGGAGUUUAUUUGUCUAUUGUGAAUCCGGAUGUAGGAUUAGUGAUUCAUUGGCCAGAGUCAGGAUGCUACGAGGAAAAUGCUCCAUCUCAACGUAAAAAAAGCAUGACUAAUUUGCAUAGGUAUCUUACAAAGUUGACCGACGAACAACUUUGUCUCAUGAGCGAUAAAGAUCUAGAAUAUUUUGAGUGGAACUCAGGGAAUGAUGAACAAGACUCCAACGACGAGGAUGAUGGUGGUAAUAAUAGAUACUUCGAAUUCGAGAUCAAGAAAAGUCAAGAGGAGCAAGAGGAUUUCAAGUUAGCCAGAGGAUUCGAGGUCAGCUUUCCGCAUAAUGCAAACGAGAAUGUCAAAGAAAACAAGAAAAGAACACAGUUAUGUCCAAUGAUCGUAGAAUCGGUUCAUCACCAAGCGUUCAUCACUCGUAGUAUUAUUACUUCACCGGUUAUUAUGACAAAAUGUACCUUACAAUAUCCUCGUCCUUCGAAUUUCAAAAAUGAUCUAGAUCUAAAACUUAAAGGAAGGUCUUUAAAAAUCGAUAGAGUAAUGAGUAUAAAGGGCUUGAAAUUUCUCGUCAAAUAUGGUCUGGGAUUGGGAAAAGAGUUUCUUGGUCCUUUGGAUUCCGCCAUCGAGAAAGCAAAAAUAUUGAUAGAUUCAAAACAAGAACUCGAAAGGAAGAACAUAGAAAAGGAUGCCGAAUUAGUCAGAGAGAUUGCAAAAAAAAUUGUUACAAAAAUAUUAUCCGUGAAAAAGAUAAAGAUGAAUGAUCCCUCAAACUUACUGGAUGUAGAUGAGUCGCUGAAACAACUCGAUGAGAGAUAUCAAGGAAUCUUAAUAAAAAUCCAUAACGCAGUGCAAAUUAAUUCCGAUGCUUGGAAAAGGCUAAAAACUCGAUAUAUCUUUUUAUCGAUGUUGAUACAAAAGGUAUCUUCUUCUAAAAAGAAUGAAAUCAAGGAAAAGACCAAGGGGUCUGCGCUUGAAGUCUUCUAUGAAAUGUUUGCCGAUAAAGAAGAUGAUCCUCACUCAUACAUUGAAAAUGCAAUAGCUUAUGCCAAUUGCAAAGAAGAUCCCGAACUCAUCAAAGGAAUUAGACAAACAACAUCCUUUGACGUAUUUAAUGAUAUUAGACAAAAAUUUAUGGACGAGUUCUUUAGGGAAUAUCAAAAGUGGCGAAAAAAUAUAUUUGAUAGUAACAUUAAAAGGAUUGCUCCAGGAUAUACCGAUCAAGGCAUGGAAUUUAAAAAGAAAUACGAAGAGAUUUUGGUGGAAAGUCGAAAGAUUGAAGAACAGGAAUUUGAAAAGAUUUGCCUAGAAAUCGAGAAAAAAUUUCCAACAGGACGUAUAUUUCGAAUAAUCGAUGUAACAGAGGGCGUAUAUGCAGUUGGAUUUCGAUUAACGUACGAAUUUGAGACAACAAAUCCAGACCAGCUACAUAUCACUAUUUACGAAACAUCAUGGGAUCAGUCGGACAGUUUUAGAUUACAGGAAGACGAAUACCACGUCCCUAAGCCUAUAUUAUCUGCUCGGGGGAACGCCGGGAUUUCUUUAUAUGUUGAUUAUGAUGUAUACGACUUUAGGAAAAUAGCUUGUUUUAAGGAUAAAAAAUAUUUAGUUAUAUUAUGGAAUAAAAAGGAAAAUAUGACCGAAAUAUUUUUUGGCAAAUCCCCAAAACUGGUCACGUCUAUUCAGUCAUAUCCAAAAAAAUGCUUUGUAACGCUCCGUACUGAAGAAUUUUGCCUGUUUGCGGUUAAUGAAUCAAAAGGAUUACUUGGCAUUUUUAACACAAAGUCUGGCAUGCUGGAUAUUUUUGCAUUCGACGAAGAACGAAAAAAUCUCUUUAAUCGUAACAACAAAAUUAAAAUUUUGCAGUGGUAUGAUAAUGUAAUUCCCGAUAUCCAGCAUUUCUUUUUCAUCAAAGAUACCGAGGAGAUAUGCUUUGUCGAGGUAGGAGGACGAGCGAAACUAUAUAACUUCGUGAAUGGGCAAUUUCGACCUAGCGUAGGGAAAAUUCCGGAAAAUGCUAGUACAGUUUUAAGUACGCCCGAUGGAUCUUGUAUUGUGGCGUUUGCUCAGGAAAGUGUGAGAGUAGCUGAGGAUACAAGUAGUAACAUCGACGGUGGCUUAAUUUCCAAAGAAAUCACAAAAGAAAUAGAAGUAUGCCGUGCGUAUGUGUAUUUUUGCUCGAAUUUCGGACAACCGGCGAAUAAAAUUAUUGAAUUGCCUUCCUAUCUGGAUCUCGAAUGUCUACAAUUUUCACAAUUGUACAAACGUCAGAUGCACUUGAUAUCGCUUGAUCUGGAAAAACGCUUGUUUCAUUCAUUAAUAGUUAAGAUUACAAUUGAAAGGUCUCAGUAUGGAUUUCAACAAAGGUCACAAAGAAAACCUCUUGGGCAAGUUAAACUCGCAUCUCCCACACGAAAUAAAGACUGUUCGAUUAUCCAAGGAAACCAUACACACUUUGAGCGGGACGUAGGAGUUGGAGAGGGAAUUUCUUUAUUAAGAGAAAGAUACCGCGACAUAUUUUUUUCAGAUACGAUGCUAGAUAUUUCCGGUAGUUUUCGACCCGGCUCAGGUAAUGAAUGGGUAGAUUUUCGUACCAAACCCAAGAUCAAGAUUAACGGAUAUAUUGAUGCAUACAAAUUCCGAACAACUAAGCCGUUGAGUUUGAGGGUUCUUCUGGAUUUACCGGAUGAUAAUGAAAUCGAAGAUUAUCAAGAUAAAUUUGAGGAAUAUAUAAACGACAUGUUUGAAGAGAAUCAAUUCUCCGUGAAUAGCGAUUUAUCCUCAAUGUUUCGACGGUUUCAAAAUGGUGCAUUAUUGUUAAAUGAUCAAAAGUUAUUUCAAGCUAAACUUUGCAUUAUAAUCAAAGAUGUUCCACCAAAUGACAAGGAGGACAUUGUUAGAGAAUUUACACAGAAAUUUAAUUCUCUGGUUGCUGAGGAAGGUGAAGAUAAUUUUAUAUCGAAAAUGUAUCCGAGCGGACUAACAAUUCUUCCGUGGACAUUAAUUUCCGACCCCGAAUGGUAUGACCAUAUCUAA